UAUCGGACAUUCAUAUUGCUAUGUACAGCCUUAACUAUGGCUCUUGGAGGAUUCUACUUUUUUUUUUAUCCGUUUGAAUCACUUUCAAUGGGGUACCUUUAUUUUGAAAGCGAACCGCUGAUUCACGGUUAUGUUGUUCACAACACAACCCACACGUUUCGGGAACACGGCCUAUGGCUGUCUGUGGAUGUGGCAUUCUGACGACGUGUCUUUACUCAGCAGUUGUCAAUUUUGCUGCAGCGGGAACCUUCGCCUUUUAUAAGUACUGACUGUUGGUCACAUUGCCAUGAUGUUGCAGAGGCUGGCCUUGUGUUCCAGUCUACGGUCCAGGAGCCUGCAAGCAAAUGUUUGCCCACGCUUUGCCAGGGCAGUGUCCCAAACCAAGUUCCCUGUCACCCAUUCUCCUGGGAAGUCAGCAGCGCACCGCAGUGAGCUCAGACAGGCCAAGCGCAUUGUGGUGAAAUUGGGCAGUGCUGUGGUGACGCGGGGAGAUGAGUGUGGCUUGGCCCUCGGGCGUCUCGCCUCCAUUGUGGAGCAGGUGGCCGUGCUGCAGAACCAAGGCAGGGAGAUGAUGAUUGUCACCAGUGGGGCUGUUGCUUUCGGAAGGCAGAGACUGAGACACGAGAUCCUGCUAUCUCAGAGCGUCAGACAAGCCUUGCACUCUGGACAGAACCAACUCAAAGAAAUGUCACUUCCAGUUCUGGAGGCCCGGGCGUGUGCAGCUGCUGGACAGAGUGGCUUGAUGGCUCUGUAUGAAGCUAUGUUCACCCAGUACAGCACCUGCACUGCACAGAUCCUGGUGACGAACCUCGACUUCCACGAUGAGCAGAAGCGUCGCAACCUGAACAGCACCCUCCACGAGCUGCUGCGCAUGAACAUAGUGCCCAUCAUCAACACCAAUGACGCAGUUGUACCGCCCCCUGUUCCAAACAGUGACCUUCAGGGGGUAAAUGUAAUACACAUCAAGGAUAACGACAGCUUGGCUGCAAGACUGGCUGUUGAAAUGAAAGCAGACCUUCUUAUUGCUCUAUCUGAUGUUGAAGGAUUGUAUGACAGCCCCCCAGGAACAGAUGACGCUAAACUCAUCGAUAUCUUCUACCCCGGAGACCAGCAGUCUAUCAGAUAUGGCUCAAAGUCCAAAGUGGGCAUUGGGGGCAUGGAGGCAAAGGUGAAGUCUGCUCUGUGGGCGCUUCAGGGUGGCACGUCGGUCGUCAUUGCCAAUGGCACAGACCCCAAAGUCACGGGCCACGUCAUCACAGACAUAGUGGAGGGAAAGAAAGUGGGCACAUUCUUCUCUGAGGUCAAGCCUGCUGGUCCCACUGUGGAGCAGCAGACAGAAAUGGCCAGGCAGGCAGGCAGGACUCUGGCCACUCUUCACCCAGAUGAGAGAGGAGAGAUAAUUUGCCGUCUGGCUGACCUGCUGACAGAGAAGAAGGAUGAGAUCCUCAGUGCCAACAAGAGAGACAUGGAGACUGCAGCAUCAUCAGGCCGUCUCUCCCAACCCCUGUUGGCAAGGUUGAGUCUGUCCACAUCGAAGCUGAACAGCCUAGCCAUAGGCCUGCGUCAGAUUGCUGUAUCAUCCAGGGACAGCGUGGGGCAGGUGCUCCGCAGGACCAGAGUUGCCAACAACCUGGAGCUCGAACAGAUCACUGUGCCCAUCGGGGUCCUGCUGGUCAUCUUUGAGUCCCGGCCCGACUGCCUUCCUCAGGUGUCAGCUCUGGCUAUUGCCAGUGGAAAUGCUCUGUUACUGAAGGGGGGAAAAGAAGCGGCCAACACCAACCGUAUCUUGCAUCAACUGACCCAGGAGGCGCUCUCUCUCCACGGGGUGAAGGAUGCUAUUCAGCUGGUGAGUACCCGUGAGGAGGUGGAGGACCUGUGUAGACUAGAUAAGAUGAUAGACCUGAUCAUCCCUCGAGGCUCAUCCCAGCUGGUCAGAGACAUCCAGAGAGCUGCCAAGGGCAUCCCUGUGCUGGGACACAGUGAGGGCAUCUGCCAUGUCUACAUCGACUCUGAGGCCUGCAUCGAAAAGGCUAUUGACAUCAUCAAAGACUCUAAAUGUGACUACCCUGCGGCCUGCAAUGCCAUGGAGACCCUACUCCUCCACAGAGAUCUACUGAGGACACCUCUGUUUGACCAGAUUAUAGACAUGCUUAGAGUGGAACAGGUCAAGAUCCAUGCUGGCCCCAGGUUUGCCUCCUACCUGACCUUUAGCCCGUCUGAGGUGAAGUCUCUGAGGACAGAGUACGGGGACCUGGAGUGCUGCAUUGAGGUGGUGGAUAGUAUGCAGGACGCCGUGGACCACAUCCACAAAUACGGCAGCUCCCACACAGAUGUUAUUGUUACAGAUAACGAGAAGACAGCUGAACAGUUCAUGCAGCAGGUGGACAGUGCCUGUGUUUUCUGGAACGCUAGCUCUCGCUUUGCUGAUGGAUACAGAUUUGGUCUUGGUGCGGAGGUUGGCAUCAGCACAGCUCGGAUCCAUGCGAGGGGCCCAGUGGGUCUGGAGGGGCUGCUGACCACCAAGUGGGUCCUCCGGGGUGAGGGGCACACAGUGGCAGAGUUCUCAGAGGCGGGCAGUAUGAAGUACCUUCAUGAGAACAUCCCUGUUCCUCAGAGAUUCCCCAGCUAGGAACCACAGUCAGUCAUAGAACCCUCCAAUACAGGAACUGUCAUGUAAAGUGGGAAGUGAGAACCUUAAAGUUCAUUUUUAUUAGUAGUGCUUAAAUUGCAACCUUAUAUAUGGAUCUGUAUGUGACUGUGGAGGUCAACAAACCACAUACAUGAAAGCAGCAGGAGGCUGUUUUGUAUCUGCUACAGUAUCGGAGCGUGUAAAGCAUUAAGAUGACUUGGAAAUGAAUGAAGAGGUGGUGAACGGUUGCACAGGAAAGCGAAUGGUCAAAGUAUACGUGUGUGUGUACGCUAUAUAUACAGAAGUAUGUGGAGACCUGUUCAAAUGAGUGGAUUCAGCUGUUUCACCCAUACCCGUUGCUGACAGGUGUAUAAAAUCGAGCACACAGCCAUGCAAUCUCCAUAGGCCAACAUUGGCAGUAGAAUGGCCUUACU